AUACCAGAUAAUAUUAUUAUCUCUAAAGAAAUCCCUAUAGAUACAGACAAAGAAUUAGGUGAAAUCUCUGAUGAUACUAGUGAUGAUAUCAAAUUAUCUACCUGUAAUACUUGUACAAAAAGAAAACAUAUAUACGUUAAUAUGAAAACACAGACAGAUACAAUUAUAUAUACCGAGACAAUGAUACAGACGACCAAUGAAUAUUCGAUUUUUGAUUGUAUUAACAUAGAAACACAAACAGAUAAUAUCGAAACAAUGGAAUAUAAAAAUGAUUUACAAAAAUUAGAUUGUGCAUUUUUCAAAUUGAAGCCUAAACAUAUCUUCUUUUCCUUUUUUGAAAAACUUAAAAUGAUUGCAUUAGAUAAAUUUGGUAUCUUGGAGGAAGUCGUGGAUACG